AGAAGCGAUGCUUAAGCUAAAAUUCAGACGCUAACUUCAGCGUGAUUUUCCCACUGUAAAGUUUUUCAGCGUGUCAAAGACUGCAGCUGAUAAGGUGACAAGACGCAGUUUCCGUUUGCUUCAGCUUCUGCCAUAUCCAUGUCGCACCAUGGCCGAAAAUAACUGCGCAGCUUGUUUGUAACUCUCCGGCUGUUAUUAUGUUGUCCAACAGAAACAGCUGACUCACUGACGGAGAGUAAGGCUGAGGCGGUUCCACACCGCGGCAUGGCGGUGUCCGACCCAGACGUUACUGCUGCUGCUUCAAGGUGAAAGUCGACGGUGGGACCUUCCACGGGCUGAGCCGUCACCGACUGAAGAUGAUUGGCUCACCGGACCUGCUGCCUUUCACCGGCAGCGGGGGGUUUGAGGAGGAAGGAGAGGAACCGGAGGUUCACUCUCUGCCUGAGGAGUUUUCUGUCCGCCUUUUGCCGCCUCACAACCCCUGGAGCACAGCAGCCCAGUUUCACCGGGACUUUAUACUGGUGGCUGAAUUCUCAGAGCAGGUUGGUCCAAAGCCUGUCUUAACAAUACCAAAUGAUCCGAAGGUCAUCGGCUCGUUUGACCUCAACCACUUCUCCGUCCGCAUCAUGUCUGUGGACUACCAGGCGUCCGGCCCGGGUCACACAGCCCCUGCUCCGCCUGGACCCCGCCUCAGUUUCAGCGAGGACUCCAGGGUAAUCCUGGGAGACUCAGCAGACGACUCGUUUGCGUACGUUCAUCACCUGACCCUGUAUGACCUGGAGGCUCGGGGGAUGGUGCGACCUUUCUGCAUGGCCUACGUCUGUUCGGACCGGGCCAAGCUGAUGGAGAACUUCUCUGAGCUGUCCGAGUGUUUUUCUCAGGCCUCUGACAGUUUGAAGACUGGAAACAGACAAGCGUUCUCCUCUGAACUGCAGAGAAAGCUGCAAGAGCUCGAGUACAGACGGAGGGCCCUGCUGCAGGACACACACGCCUCCACAGGAGCAGGAGGCAGAGCUGAUGAGCUGGAAGCUUUAGAGCAUCUGAUCCUGAACCACAGAGAGCUCCUUCGCCAGGUCACAUCCUACCCAAACAGGAAGCUCCAGCAGCCUGACUUCCUGCCCUACGACAUGGCCGACCUGCCGUCUGAGCCGUCCUCUCCCUGCCUUCCCUCCUCUGCCUCCUGCAGGUCUGAGUCGCUUCUGAAGCCACUGGAGGAGCUCUGCAACUUCUACUUCCUGUCCCUGGUGAAAAACCAGCUGGCAGACACAGAGCGGCGUCUGCGUGGCGACAGGAGCGUCCUGCGAACUGCUCGCGUCUCACAGCUACUGUCCAGGAAGCUGAAACUUACAAACUUCCUGUUUGAGCUGUGCUGCCCUGUGGAUGCUGAGGAGGAAGAGGAGGAGGAUGAAGCAGAGAGGGUCUUGGGGAGCACCGUGGGGGCUGUGGGAGGUCAAUCAGAAAAGCAUGGUGGGGAGUUGUUCUCCUGUGUGGAAGAAAUACAGAUAAAGAUGGAGGGAGGGGGAGGUGGGAGAGCGACCCCUGACCCCAGCGCGUUCACAGACAUGAUGGGCAGCGAGAGCAGCAGCGACAGCAUUGAGGUUCUCGGGACAGAGAAGUCGUACCGGAGUCAACGUGGAGCCGUUGUGUCCGACAGCAGAGAAACCCGUGUCAGGACCACAGACGUGGUUCUCCAGCAUGCAGCAGGAGACGCAGGCGCCGGACGCCUGCGAGCCCCUGCCAGGCGUGCCAACAGCGAGGACAGCAUCGAGGUUCUCAGCACGACUGAGUCCAUCGUCCCUGACGACCUGUCCGCCAUCACAGAGGAAGAGGCGGAGCAUCACACUCUGACCAAUGGAUUUGAGGAAGAGGAAGAGUCAGAGGCUGAUUGUAAGCUUGAUGAAGUCCUCAAGGAGGAGAGGAUGAAGAACACUGCUACUGCAGAAUCUGCUGGAAGAAAAGAACUUUUGUUCAAUGUACCAGACAAAGACAAUUCACUCACAGAGAAAAGUAACGAAGUCCAUAAAGACAAGAUCAAUAAACUGCUCCAAGCUGGAGACGCAGUGGAGUCGAGGCAGAAGAAGUUGAGGCCGGUGUUUGACCUCCAUAUAAAAAUGGCUCCGAAAAGCGUCGGGGCGGAGGGAGCUCUGCGCACGCCGCCCUGCGCUCCUCUGAGGCUGCUCAGCGUGGACGAGUUCUCCGACUGCACCAGCUUCACCAGCAGCUCAGAGCCGCCGUCUCCCACCACAGUCAACCUCACCAGCACAUGUGUGGACAAGAAAAGGAAGAGGAGGAGGGCUGGCCUGCGAGCCCUCCGGUUCAUCAAGCAGCUCUCCUUCUCCCAGCAUGCCAUCUUCUGUCUGCUGAUUGGCCGGCCGCUGGUGGUCAUCGGUGGAGACGAGCGGCUGGUGAGGAAGCUUGUGGACGGCUUGAGGCUCUUCCUGCCAGCUCCUGGUGCUGAUGGGAGCGCUGUGAUGUCAUGUUUGGCCACGCCCCUCCAGCUGACCGACCUGCUCACCUGGAGGCUCAUAGGAAUACACAGAUCAUCUUCCAGUGCAUCAUCUUCCAUCCUUCAGUCUCUGACUCAGUUGAGUCGUUACAUCGCUCUGCUGGACCUGGAUCAGAAGACGCUGCGCUGUCCUUCAUAUGCCGGAUCCCUGGUCGGCUUCCUAGCCAACCCUCACACCGGCAUCAGCCGCGGUCUCACCUACCUGCUGCACCUGGAGAGCUGCCUGACUGCGCUGGCCAACCGGGUGCUGCUGCAGACCUUCAUCGCUGCUUCCCAGCUUCACAGAGCCAUCGCUGAGGAAAAGGACUCGCAGCAAGCACCACAACUCUGCAGCAGUGAAAAUGAUUUUCGAGUGAUGCACUUUCUGACUGACCUGAUCGCACAGCGCCACACCGGACAUGGACCGCCGCCUUUCAGGUUUUCCUACAGCUCAGUGCAGCUUCACAGGAACACAUAUCCAACAUAAACAGACUGAGCAGAGCAAGAUGAUUUUAUUUUGCUACGUGCCCUCCAUACAGUGCCUUAGGUGUAAUUAGCUGCUGCUAAGACUCAAACGAAUAUGAAUGUUAACUGUCUACACCCAUCAGCUUGACCUGGAGGUGGACAUGAAAGAGCUGGUGCAGACCUCCACCCGGAACAGGUCACCAGUCCAUCAAAAUUAAAUUAUACCUUCAUCAUAAAUUCAUACAUAUCAAUAAAUAAGCCAAAGCAAAGAUAACCUGCACACCAGAUGGUUUCAGUUAGUCUGGCACUGUGACUUCUGCUUUUUUUCAUUUUUUUUCAGAACAAAAACCUUUUUGUCAUUUUGAUCAUUUAAGCGAGUCAAACUAUGCAAACCUUGGUAUAAAUGUCAUGACUAUAGACAAUGUAAAACAAAGCGAAUCAAGAGAAAUCAAAAUCUGCAACAUUUCUUUUCAAGAUUUAUUUAAUCAAAUCCAAAGCAUAUGGAGCCUUAAAAUUGAGGGUUUAUUUUUGUUGUUUAUUAGUUUUCUAGCACUGACUGUCAGCAACUUGCAUCCGCAUAAGUGUUGUGUUUCCCAACUUUAAUGCAUUAAAUAAACCUUUUCUAACAAUAAUGACUGAAAGGCUUCCAUUUUGGAGAACUUACCAAAUUUUGACUGUCAAAGUUUUAACCUAUUAAUAUAUGAACAUUACUUUGGGUUUAAAAAAUCAAACAGCAGCUAAAGAGUGCAAAAUUACUGGAAUAUAUUUUAUUUAUAUAUGUAAUAAAUGUGAUAUAUUCUAUUGUGGCUGAUUACUUUGAAAAUAAAGUCAGAGAAAAGAAAAUGGCCAAACACUGGAAUAAUUUAUUCAACCAGAUCAUCUCAGAAAUCAUCAACACUGAUGGCAGUUUGAGUCCUAAUGAACAUGAAAGAAACUCAUUAGAUAGAAGUAGAAACAGAAUUCAUGUCCACCUUAGCAGCACUCAGCAAAUAUUUGGUUAAUCUUCAAAGGUAGAUUCAAUAAGACUGUAUAGCACAGACCAAGGUUUUAAAUAUGAAAGUAGAAAAAAAAACUGUCAAAUGGAUGAAUGAUAAUGACAGAAAAUAAAGUAUGGAAAUAAUUAUUUUUCCAUCUGAAAUGUUCGUUUUGCUGUGGAUGUCUGUAAAUCAGACCUGCACAGGACCUUUUAUCAACAUGAGCAAAUAACUAAAUGAAAACUAAUUUCAGUACUGGUUUGUUCUCAAGUUCAUUUUUAAAGUUAUCUUUCAGCUUUGUCUACAUUGUUGAAGUAGAUGACGGAUUUUCAAACUGUAUAAAGCAACAUAUUUACAGAUAAUGCUCUAAAACCAGUGUUAUUGUACAGCGCAUCAAAAACCAGUUUCAUUAAAUUACAUGCAGAGAAACGAGGUGUAUUGAAACUGAAGAUGUGUUUAGUGCAAAAAUGUUUAGUUUAUUAAAUGGGAAAAGUGUGAAAAAGUAAA